GCAGUUUGAUCCACAAUACUUGGGUUCCUAUCUAUUUUCAGUCAAUUCGUUGCUUUUCUAGCUGUGUACUCUGUUCCGGCCAUGCGGUGCAACCUGCACCACAGAUGGCCCUUGCAAGGGCGACCGCCAAGCCUAGCUUUCACGCACCUAGUUAAACGCCGGCUUCUAUUCACAUGCACGCAUAGGAGUUGUAAUUCAGGCAGCGGGAACAAUCGCAAUAGGUUUGCCCCUAGCGCGUACACCGCAACAGAUGGCGUAUCCAACUGGACAACCGGCGAGGAAAUUGGACCGGCGUUUAAGGCAACGCUUGAUAUGCUGGAAUGGCCAAAGCUCUGCGAACACGUUGCGCGCUUUGCCAGCACACAUGCUGGCAAGCGUGCAUGCCGAACGCUGUCAGUUCCCGACGACGCAGCGGAAACACUGCACCUCUUAGAACAGACACGUGCCAUGACGCUCCUGGAGUACGAAUGGGCCACCCCGCUGGACUACGGCGGCAUUCAGAGCGGCGAGGCGGAGGCGGGGCUGGCGCGGGCGGCCAAGGGAGCCCUGAUGAGCUCCCAGCAGCUGAGGGCCGUGGUCAGCCUGGUGGCCGGUGGCGAGCGGCUGCGGCGGCAGCUGAUUGCAGCGGCCCGCGAGCACGAUGCGCUGCGUGCCGAGGGGCCGCUGCGGCCGCUGCUGGCGGCUGCGGGGCGGCUGGUGGCUCAGCCGCAGCUGGUGCGAGCGGUGGCGGCGGCGGUGGACGAGGACAGCAACGUGCAGGAUUCCGCCUCCGAGCCGCUGCGUCAGGCCCGCGCGCGUGUCAAGGCGCUGCGAUCACGACUGGAGGGGCUGCUGAAGGGUCACGGCGGGGAGGUCUCGGAGCGGGGCGGCCG